AGAGUCUAUAUCACUAUAUGUUUGUUAAACCUUUGAAAACACAAAAUCCUCACACUAAAAAGUCUAUAUAUUUGGUUUGAUUUCAGACACGUUGAGUGAGAAGGCAAUUCCACUAUCACACUUGUCUUAUUUUCAACAUCAUGGCUUCCUUUCUUCCAUCUCUGGAACGUUCUUCUAGUGCUAGUGAUUCUGAAACUAAACACUAUUCAAGUUCAAAAUCAGUGCUACACCAAACUGUCCUAGACAUUGAGGCCACAACACCGGAGAUAGAAACAUUUAGUGCUCCAGAAAGGAGCAUUGGAGGAGGAGAAGCUUCAGGUUUGAAUGAUCAGAUAGAAGAAAUGGGUAUCUGCUUGACAUGGAAGGAUCUAUGGGUGACUGCUUCAAUGGGAAAAAAUGGAAGCAAAUCAAUUCUUCAGGGUCUAACUGGUUAUGCUAAACCAGGACAGCUAUUGGCCAUCAUGGGUCCUUCUGGUUGUGGAAAGUCAACACUUCUUGAUGCUUUAGCAGGGAGAUUAGGUUCAAACACAAGGAAAACUGGGGAGAUUCUGAUCAAUGGAAAGAAACAAGUCUUGGCUUAUGGAACUUCAGCAUAUGUCACACAAGAUGAUACCUUAUUGACAACCUUAACGGUCGGAGAAGCAGUGCACUAUUCAGCUCAGCUCCAGUUGCCUGACACCAUGUCCAAAAAAGAGAAGAAAGACAGAGCAGAUUUUACAAUUAGAGAAAUGGGUCUACAAGAUGCCAUUAACACAAGAAUUGGAGGAUGGGGUGUUAAAGGUAUUAGUGGGGGUCAGAAGAGGCGAGUUAGCAUCUGUAUUGAGAUCCUAACACGCCCUAAACUUCUGUUCCUUGAUGAACCGACUAGUGGACUAGACAGUGCAGCUUCCUAUUAUGUCAUGAGCAGAAUAGCUACCCUGGAUAAAAAAGAUGGCAUUCAAAGGACUGUUGCUGCGUCUAUCCAUCAGCCUAGUAGUGAAGUUUUUCAACUUUUCGACAACCUUUGUCUUCUGUCUUCGGGUAGAACAGUUUACUUUGGACCUGCUUCUGCUGCACGUGAGUUUUUUGCUUCAAAUGGUUUUCCUUGUCCUGCUCUCAUGAACCCAUCUGAUCAUUUACUGAAAACCAUAAACAAGGAUUUCGAUCAGGACAUUGAGUUGGUUUUAGGAGGGACAAAAACAAUACCCACAGAAGAAGCAAUUCAUACCCUUGUGAAUUCAUAUAAAUCAUCUGAAAUGAACCAACAAGUCCAAAAAGAAGUAGCAGUACUAUCUGAAAAGGACAACAGUUCAACAAACAAGAAGAGAAGUCAUGCUAGCUUCCUUAAUCAGUGCUUAGCCCUCACCGAAAGAUCAUCCAUUAACAUGUUUCGUGAUCUAGGAUAUUAUUGGUUACGCCUUGCCAUAUAUAUUGCAUUGGCAAUAAGUUUAGCCACUAUUUUCUAUGAUCUGGAUACAAGUUAUCGCUCAAUUCAGGACAGAGGUUCAUUUCUCAUGUUUGUGUCUUCAUUCAUGACUUUCAUGACCAUUGGUGGAUUCCCUUCCUUUGUGGAGGACAUGAAGGUGUUUGAACGGGAAAGACUAAACGGGCACUAUGGUGUUACUGCAUUUGUCAUUGGUAACACCUUUUCAGCUAUCCCAUACUUGUUGCUGGUUUCACUCAUUCCUGGAGCUAUAGCCUAUUACCUUCCUGGUCUUCAGAGAGGAUUUGAGCACUUUCUAUACUUUUUUUGUGUUCUAUUUGCUUGUCUGAUGUUGGUAGAGAGCCUUAUGAUGAUUGUUGCUAGCAUAGUCCCUAACUUUCUAAUGGGUAUCAUAACUGGUGCUGGAAUUCAAGGAAUCAUGAUUUUGGGUGGUGGGUUCUUUCGAUUGCCAAAGGAUCUUCCUGGGCCAUUUUGGAGAUACCCAAUGUUCUAUGUUGCAUUUCAUAGAUAUGCCUACCAAGGAAUGUUCAAAAAUGAGUUUGAAGGACUUACGUUUCCUAAAAGUGAAGUUGAUAAUGGCUCGUACAUUAGUGGUGAAGAGAUUCUUAGAAAUACAUGGCAAGUAAACAUGAGUUACUCAAAGUGGGUUGAUCUUGCAAUCUUGUUGGGGAUGAUUGUUCUGUAUCGAGUUCUAUUUUUGGUUAUCAUCAAAACUACUGAGAAGGUAAAGCCCAUUGUUGUAUCAUUCAUGUCAGGGUCUCCCAAGCGAACAAUACAGAUCAUGGAGAAUCCCAAUGCCACUCCUUUACAUUGAGAAGUUAAUGUUAAAUACCACUAAAAAAGUGCGAUUCUAUUAAUUUGCGCAAUGUUUGUGUAUUACUAAUGAUGGUUAAGUUAUGUAGUUGUUCUAGUUAAUUUACUUGCAUUCAGUAAGUUAAUGUAUCUACUGGUCUUGGUUGCUGGUAGCUAUACCAGAACCAGGUAUCAAAUAAUGACAUGAAUGAAAUG